UGUGCCAGGGAAGAGUUUCUUUCCAACAUCUGAUCCAACCCUCUGGCACUGAAGCCGUUCCCCUUUGUCCUGCCCAUGCCCUUGGCCAAAGUCCCUCUCCUUCUUUCUUGUGGGCUCCCUUCAGCCAGUUUGUUCAGCCUUGGGCUGUGCUUGAUAGGAAAAUGUCCAAAACCUGCUUUUUCCCUGGACAGACAUCACAUGAAGGAAUUCUUAACCUUUCCUGAUUCCACACCUUUGUUCUGACUGGCAGGUUUGGAACAUUUUGGGGGCUCCUGGACUGCUCAGGGAUGCUCAGAGAACGCUGCAGCCACAGGGAGUCUCUCAUGACAGGGUGACAGUGCAGCACAGGCUGUGGUGGUGCCUCUGUGGCACUUUCCCUUUCCCUCCCAGGGUGGCACAGGUUGCGGACAGCGGGAUCAGCACCUGGCUCCAGCCCUCGGAGCUCCUGCAGCACCGGAGUCCCGCUGAAAUGUGGGAAUCGCCGCUGCCACAAGGGCAGGCUGCCACUGUCCCCUGGUCAUUUGAUCUCUCAAAGAGCCUCACCUGGGCCCGUGUUGGGCCGUGCCAGCCCCCAGGGCACACAAAGACCCCGAUUGUGGCUCCUGCCCGUCCCGGGGCUGGGCAGGAAGAGCUGCUCCGGGCACUGACAGCAGCGCUCAGCUCCCGCUCCAGCCUCAGGUUUCCCCCUCCUGCAGAGCCCUUUGGCUGCGAGGGACGGGUAUUUAUGUCCCACAGACACACGUCCAGCUUCCCCAGCUGUGCCUGGAGCCGGGAUCAUGCCCAGUCCGUGCGUGGGCGGGAGGCAAAGCAGCAGCAGCCGGGUCCUCGUCUGAGGUGGAGGAUGGACGGAGGGGACGGUGCCAGCCGUGCUGCCCCUGCAGACAGGAGGGCCACAGUGCUGUUCCCAGCUCCCUCCAGGACCUUCUGGAUCAUCUCGUCCGUUGCCUUGUUGUUUUUUGCAGCUGUUGGCAUCAGUGUCCUGGGGGUUCUCAGCUUCUCCCCCAGCUCUGCCCAGGCUGGCUCCCAGCUCGGCCGAGUGACGCUCCAGGGCCAGCAGCACCCGCUGAGGAACCAGACAGCCGUGGUGGACAAGGCCAGGAGCACCGUCACCUACCACGUCACCUCGCAGAGCAACCUGAGCGCCGCGGUGCUGUACGACAGCAGGAACGGCUAUGUGUGCUACAAGCCGCUGGAGCAGCGAGCCUGCUUCCUGAGGAGGAUGGAGCCCUGGGACCUGCAGACGGCUCUCAACACCUCUGAGCACCCCGCUGAGCAGCUGCUGCAGCACAACAACCAGACCAGGUUCUACCAGGAGUUCCUGGGCAUUGUGGCAGGGGAGCAGGUGGAGCCCGGGGGCCUGGGGGAGGCCGUGCAGGCCCUGUGUGAGCACACAUCCAUCUUCUGGGUGCGGAGAGGCCAGGGGCCGGGGAAGCAGCGCCUCAUCUACCUGUGCAUCGACAUCUGCUUCCCCAGCAACAUCUGUGUCUCCAUCUGCUUCUAUUACCUGCCCGAGUAAGUGCUGCAGCCACAGCCACCCUCUCUGCCCUCAUACUUGAACUGGAUUCCUGAAAACCUCUGACUUCCACGAGGGAGCACCUACAACAUCCCCAGAGCCUCCUGCUGAUUCCACGCUGCAGGUCAGGAGAGUUUAGAGAAACAGGAGGCUCAGCACUGUCAGCACAGACAGUGCAGCUCUGCUCCAGGGCUGCACCUCCUCUGUGGGAAUUGGGAGACCCAGGCCUGGAGGAGUCCUGGGAAGCAGCUAGAGUUUUGGGGCUCCAGGCUCUGUCCAACACAAGGUGGUUGUUGUUACAGCUGGGGGUGGUUGGCUUUAGGAGAGCAGCUCUCCAAGUCACUCUGUGAAACAUUUUGAAUAAAGGGAUUGCAAACCAA